CAUUUCAAUCAAAGAAUUUGAUUUGAUCGUAUGACAUAUUGAUUUGGUGUUGUUUUUCUUUGGCUGAUGGUUUUUGUCGGGAAAUUUUUUUUAUUCUUUCGGACUAGUUUUUCUUGUUUUUUUUUGCAUUGACAAACUUUUGUUUCGCAAAGUUAAUUGUGUAAUUUUCCAGAAGUUGCUACUGAUUUUUGAUUGGUCAUUCCGUAUUUAUGAACUAAGCUGAUUCGGUUCAUUCAUCAUCAAUUACAAUUCUGUUUUGGAUCAUACAGUUUUUGAAUUUGUGAACAUUUUUCUAUCUUUUUUUUUUGGUUGAAAAAUUGCGCAAAACCAAAAAAAUGUCAUCCAAAGAUUUGGCAGCCGAACAAUUGAAACGAAUGAAUUUAUCCGAUAAGAAAAUGAACGAAGGAGAAGAAAAUAUUACUACCAUAUUUGGAAAACCAAUUUCUGAUCUAAAAAAUUCUUUAACUAUUGGACCACAAGGACCAAUUCUAUUACAAGAUGUACAAUUUAUUGAAGAAUUGGCACAUUUUGAUCGUGAACGUAUACCUGAACGUGUUGUACAUGCAAAAGGUGCCGGUGCAUUUGGCUAUUUUGAAGUAACAUCCAAUGAAAUUGCUAAAUAUUGUAAAGCAAAAUUAUUCGAUACAAUUGGUAAACGAACAUCGGUGGCUGUUAGAUUUUCAACUGUUGGUGGUGAAUCUGGUUCAGCUGAUACUGUACGUGAUCCACGUGGAUUUGCAAUAAAAUUUUAUACUGAACAAGGCAAUUGGGAUUUGGUUGGAAAUAAUACACCAAUAUUUUUUAUUCGUGAUCCAAUUCUAUUUCCAUCUUUUAUUCAUACACAAAAACGAAAUCCAAAAACAAAUCUUAAAGAUGCUAAUAUGUUUUGGGAUUUUUUUUCACUUGUACCAGCUGCUACACAUCAAUUUUUAUUCUUAUUUUCGGAUCGUGGAAUACCCGAUGGUUAUCGUCAUAUGAAUGGUUAUGGAUCACAUACAUUCAAAUUGAUCAAUGAUAGUGGUGAAGCAUUUUAUACAAAAUUUCAUUUUAAAACACAACAAGGUAUUAAAAAUUUACCUGUUGAUAUUGCUACACGUUUAGCAGGUGAAGAUCCUGAUUAUUCAACACGUGAUUUAUAUAAUGCAAUUGAAAAUAAAAAUUAUCCUAAAUGGAAAUUAUUUGUACAAAUCAUGACAUUUGAACAGGCUAAAACAUUUAAAUAUAAUCCAUUUGAUUUGACAAAAAUUUGGUCACAUAAAGAAUAUCCAUUGAUUGAAGUUGGUGAUUUAGUAUUGGAUCGAAAUCCAAGAAAUUAUUUUGCCGAAAUUGAACAGAUUGCAUUCUGUCCGGCUAAUAUGAUACCCGGUAUUGAACCAUCACCUGAUCGUAUGCUGAUUGGACGUCUUUUUUCCUAUAGUGAUACACAACGACAUCGACUUGGAGCAAAUUUUCAUCAAUUACCAGUGAAUCGACCAAAAUGUCCAAUGAUGAAUCCAACCAUACGUGAUGGACCAUAUUGUUUUGAUGAUAAUUUUGGUGAACAGGCAAAUUAUUGGCCAAAUUCAUUUACAAAUUGGAAAACCGAUCAAUGUUAUCGUGAUCAUUGUGAUCAAAUUACUGGACAAGUUGAUCGUCAUGAUAAUAAUAAUGAUGAUAAUUUUGAACAAGCUACAGAUUUUUGGACCAAAGUAUUAAAUAAUGAUGAACGUGAACGUUUAGUAAAUAAUAUUGUUGAACAUUUACGACAAGCCGAUACGAUGAUACAGGAAAAAGUAGUACAUAAUUUUGAUCGUGUACAUCCAGAUUUUGGUGGUCAAUUACGUUUAAAACUUAAUCUUCAUAAGUGAAAUAAAC